CAGUGCGACAACUACGCCUGCGCUGCCUGCCGGAGCCUGAGUCCCGUUAGCCAGAGGGCAGCGUCCUGAGUGGGUGGUGACAACCGGGAUUCCGGAAGCCCACCCUUCACCCGGAAAUGAUCGUGGAGGAACAUGGCGUUGCUGGUGCGAGUCCUUAGGAACCAGACUAACAUCUCUCAGUGGGUUCCAAUAUGCAGCCAACUGGUAUCGGUGUCUCCUACUCAAAGACAGUGGGACAGGACUCUCUCCAGCACUUCCCAGAGGCCACAGAUGAACCAGUCUCGAGUAUGGGUGGAAUUAGAACAAAGUGUUGGGAUGGACACACAGCAGAAUAGGAAAUACCACACCACAAGUAAGCUUCCUACUAUCCAAGAUUUCCCAAAGCCUGUUGAGGAGAAGGUCGGUCCCUUCACGAAGAUAAUAGAAGCCAUGGGAUUCACUGGACCUUUGAAAUACAGUAAAUGGAAGAUUAAGAUCGCAGCCCUACGCAUGUACACGAGCUGUGUGGAGAAAACUGACUUUGAGGAAUUCUUUCAGAGGUGUCAGAUGCCCGAUACAUUCAACUCAUGGUUUCUUAUAACUCUGCUUCAUGUCUGGAUGUGUCUAGUCCGAAUGAAGCAGGAAGGCCGGUCUGGAAAAUACAUGUGCCGGAUCAUAGUCCAUUUUAUGUGGGAAGACGUGGAGCAGCGAGGCAGAGUUAUGGGGGUUAAUUCCUAUAUCCUAAAGAAGAACAUGGCCUACAUGACAAACAGUUUCUAUGCGUCAAUCUUGGGAUAUGAUGAGGGGAUCCUUUCUGAUGAUCGUGGACUGGCUGCUGCCCUCUGGAGAACCUUCUUCAACCAGAAAUGUGAAGACCCUCGGCAGCUUGAAUUGCUGGUGGAGUAUGUGAGGAAACAGAUGCAAUACCUGGACUCCAUGAAUGGUGAGGAUCUGCUUCUGACAGGAGAAGUGAGAUGGCGCCCUCUGGUGGAAAAGAAUCCACAGAGCAUCUUGAAGCCUCGUACUCCUACUUACAAUGAUGAGGGUCUUUGAGAGACUGGCCCGACUGACUGCUCAGUUGGCUGGCUGGCUGGCUAUGAGGAACCCCCAUGGAAGAAGUGCCUGUUUAUCUAGGACUCUGAAGAAGGUGGCCUGAACUGACUUUUGAACAGCACCUGUUGAAUACUCGGGUCCUUUGUGUUGAGUUUCUUCUUGUGAUCCCAGGAGUCUGAUCCAGUGGGGGUACUACCGGGAGGUCAUCUCGCUCUCCCGACAUGUUCCCUCCCUCAAGAGAAGCCCCAAGCACACUUUCCAAGUCCCUCCAGCAGCACAUGUGACUGAGAGCUUUUCCCAAAGGCUGAGGAAGGGAUGGGUAGGUUAGAAAGGGGCCCCUCACCCAGGGCCCCCUGUGCCUAGGAGAAGUUUCUAAUGUGUCAAGAUGGAUAACCAUAUACUGUCCCCCAGCUAUGAGCCAUGGGGUUGAAGUAGCCAUUAAAAAAAAGAUGUAUUUCUGCCAUGGUUCUUCUUUGUUCCAGGGUCUUUUAGAAACCUAGGUAAAGCCGGUCCUUGUGGCACGUCUUUAAUCCCAGCGCUUGGGAGACAGAGGCAAGGGGAUCUCUGAGUUCGAGGCCAGCCUGGUCUACAGAGCAAGUGCCAGGACAGCCAAGGCUAUACAGAGAAACCUUCCUGUCUCAAAAAAACAAACAAACUAAAAAAGAACAGAAACAUAGGUGAGACGGUGGACGAUCCAGGCUCAAGAAUUAACUCCAGCUCAGUUAGAGGCAGAGAGAGGUCAGAGGCUCCCUGCUACUUGCUGCUCCUGUCUCCAGUUCACAGAGGAGCCACUGUCUGGGCAAAUCGCAGUCCACCAGGCACAUUCUCUGGGACCCAGGAGGUCUCUGAGGACCAAGGGGCUUGUCACAUCCUAAGUCAUGUAGAAAGAGGUCUGGAGAAUAGAAGUCCCUUUGUCACCCACAGUGACAUCCUUUACAUGAGAAAGUCUUCCUGGCCUGUGAGUACCAUUCCAGCCCCAGCCCAAUUUCUACCCUGUCCUCAGCUUCUGAAGCAUAAGCUGUAAGGGACACCUGGUCUGAGCUCUUAAGGGGCCUGUUCUUCCUCUCAGAGAGUUUGGGUCAUCUCUUGGAAGGUUUUUCUGAAAUUGAGGAAAGGGGGUGGGAACAGUCUUGCCCUCCCUCCCCCAUCCAGCUUUCUUCAUUGAACUUGUUAUAAAAUGAGUCAUAUAAAGAAACUCUAUACCGUGAGGUAGACGCCACUUCUGUGAAAACAUUACAAAUCAAGCCGCCUUCUCUUGCUUUAUUUGCGAUGCUUUGGUUGCAAGCGGGGCUCUGGAGUGAAGCGUCCUCUGUGAGUGCGAGAUAAUAACACCUUGUAACUCAUUACAUCUGGGCACUAUUUACAUAAACCAGAAGCGAGCCAGGCAGGAAUUUGCUGAUUAAUUUAUUUUUAAUGGAGUGAAGUAUGCCAUGCACCAAAAUAAACUUUACUGUGUGUACCUAA